AAUACGCGUUCGUCGUGCUAUGCGUUCGCCGCCUCGUCUCUUUCUCCCUCACGAAAGCUCAGGCGAGUCGCGUGCGAUACGCGCGUAAAUCGUUAACGAACACCAAGAGGGAAGUUUCAACGAUUGUUCUCAUGGCGGAUACGCGAACCUUAGAGAAGCUCAUUGCGUUUUUGAAGGCGGAUCUGUUGUUCGCUUGUUGCUGGCCGUUACGGCCGACCGCCACGACAUGCCAAAGAAUACGCAACAAAAUAUUCCGCUGGCUGUCCGUGCUGCACGGCAUGGUCAUGGUGGUCGUGAUGGUGCACACGAUCUACAGCAAUCGCACGAACGUGUUUCUGGUAAUGAAACUGUGCUGCGAGUUGUGCACUACCGUCGAGGUCCCGUUGCAGAUCGUUUGCUACGCGAUACAGUAUGAUCGACUGCAAUAUGUGAUUUACGAAUUGGAGGAUUAUUGCAAGCGGGCGAAACCAAAGGAGAGGGAGGUCUUUCACCGUUACAUCGACAACUGCAAAUCGGUUUACGUGUGCUCGAUUUGUGCCUUCACCGUUACCGCUCUGCUGCUCACCAUCAGCCCCCUGGUUGAACCCCAUCCGUUCCCUAUGGACGUCGAGUACCCGUUCAACGUGGACUAUCAACCUUUGAAAACCAUCAUUUAUUUGCACCACAUAUUAGUCAUAUAUCAGAGCUACACGCAGGUGUGCUCUAACAUCUUCGUCGCGCUUCUCUUGUGGUUUGUCUCGGCGAGGUGCGACAUACUGUCCGAGCGAUUUCGGGCAGUCACGAAAUUCGAAGAGCUGCGCGCGUGUGUGGUGGAACAUCAAGAAUUAUUGGGGUAUGGGAAGAAAGUGUCUCUCUCUAUUCGUUACGUAAUGCUAGCGUCUUUAACUGUCAGCACGAUAGUGAUCAUUUUUACCGGUUGCACUUUCCUCAGCCGACAACCGAUGGCUGUGAAAUCGACAUUCUUGAUCUUCUUCAUUUCGUCCCUUGCGAAAGUGUAUUUGUGCGCAUGGCCGGCCGAUCAUUUGUUAAGCGCGAGCAUGAAUAUUACGCACGCUGCGUAUGACUCGAUGUGGUAUAACAGAGAGGUCGCCUUGCAGAAGAAUUUCGUAUACACUUUGUUGCGCGGCCAACGUCCAGUAACUGUACACGUACCCUGCAUGCUUCCGACCGUUUCGUUAAAUUACUACGCAUCUUAUGUCACGACUGCCUUCUCCUACUUGACCAGUUUCCGAGUCUUACUCGAGGACGACGACAAUUAGUCGAACAACGCGCCGUACGUUUCACCCUGGACGAGUAUCUUCUGUGCAACAAUCGUGUCCGGACAAUCGAAAAAAAAAUCACAUUCUCGAAUAAAAUUAACAGCGAGGAACUUAUUUAUAAUUAACCUAAAUUAAGGAUAAAAAAGCACGAAUUAAUGUCAAACAAAGCUGUUGAAGUGUUAGCUAA